UAUCCGACCGGAUCCGGGUCCGUCUUGCGUUGAUCGGGUUCCGGAUAUGGUAAACCCGUUUUCUAGAACUCUAUCAGAGCGGAUCCCCAUUUAUUUAUCAGAGGACAAGGGAUAAAAGGGAUUAGGGUUUAGGAAAUUUGCAUUGGGGUUUCAUCCAUGUCGUCCGAUCAAGACUUCCCCGAUGAAGAAUCGGCUCCUCCAUCCUCACCAAAAUGUAAGUAUAAGGAUCCAGAUGAUGGCCGCCAGCGAUUCUUGCUUGAGCUGGAGUUCGUUCAGUGCCUUGCGAACCCUACCUACAUCCAUUAUUUGGCUCAAAAUCGUUAUUUUGAAGAUGAAGCAUUUAUUGGAUACCUUAAAUAUCUUCAAUAUUGGCAAAGGCCUGAGUACAUAAAGUUUAUUAUGUAUCCUCAUUGCCUCUUCUUUCUCGAGCUUCUGCAAAAUCCGAACUUCCGAAAUGCUAUGGCGCAUCCUGCAAACAAGGAAUUGGCGCAUAGGCAGCAAUUUUACUAUUGGAAGAACUAUAGAAACAACAGAUUGAAGCAUAUACUACCAAAAUCACUUCCCGAACCUGCUAAUGCUAAUGCGCCACCCUCUGCUGCUACGGCUCCUCCAUCUUUGCCGCCUGCUGCUACUGGAAAUCUGGGCCCUCCAGUUCCUUCUCCAGCUGCUGCUCAAUCUCCGUCUUCAAUGCAAUUUAGCGUAGGCCCUGGUUCGACUUUUAUGAAGAACGAUCCAAGAAAUAGUGGGAUUGAUAGAAGAAAGAGAAAGUAAGGUAAGCUGUUGUUUCUUCUUGCGCCUACCGGUUAAAUACGGUUGUUUUAGUUUCCUCUUGGAUAGGUGAGUCGAUUUUUCGAAUGAUAAGUAGUUAAGCUGUAUGCAAGAGUAUUUCGACACAAACGCAUGAAGAUAACUGCUCCAUAGUUGCAUCAUAAUAUGAUGGAUGAAAUCUUUUAGGAAAGUUUUCUUAUAA